CGGUCAAACCGGGGAAUCGAUUCCGCCCUGCCGUGUGUGUGUGUAGAACGGAGGGUGAAGGCAGGCGCCAUGGCUGCACGUGGAGCAGCGUCUCUGUCCCUCAAGGCCGUGAAGAGCAUCUCCGUCCGCCUCUGUCCCUUCCAGGACAACGUGAGGUCCACCAGGGAAUUCCUCAUGCUGAUCGGCUCGGAUAAGGUGCGCGAUUCCAACGACAAAUGCAACAUCACAACCGAUGUGCGGAACGACAAUUCCGAGCCGCAAGUGGACAUCAUCUUCAAUGACGGAGACAAGCUUGUCAUGCGGGGAGCAUUUCUCACCUCCAAGGAGAUGUUCCAGGCUUUUAAGCAGAAUAGUAUUCACAAGGACUCCAAAGACCCAAUUUCCACUUCUGGUGCCAAGCGAUGACUUUGCCCUGCAGAAUGCAUGCACGCCACACUUAUGCUGCCCUCUUAGCCUCACUGACAGGAAUUGUCUGUGAGGCACCUCGGGUUAGCACGGUUGGUUACGUACUGUGCAAAAUAACUUCAACAUACGUACCUCUUUUCCACUGGUAUAUCUGAGGUGUGCCAGCGUGGGACUCAAGGUACGGGUGGUAUGCCACUGGCUAUUUUCUGAGCUGUGUUGGAACCAAACUCUGACAUACUUGCCUUGCAAGAUAUCUGAAUCUGGCCUAGUGCCAAGUGUGGUUAAUUACUCAUUUGUUGUGUGUGACAUCAGUACAAUGUGAGGACACGGCAUCAGUGCAUCAUGUGCAUGCGACUUGACUUGUUCAUUGUGUGUGACUUACGUGGCACGGCUCGGCUUCUUCAGUGGAAAAACAACCUAGCACUUCCUGAGCCGUGCUGGGCAGGCUCGGUGCUGCCCCAGCGUGGCUCGGUUAUACAGUGGAAAAGAGGUACUACUGAGGCUUUGUACCAGCCUCUGAGUUGUGUGUGAUUGCAAGACAUUUUCCAUGUCGUCUCUUUUAAGAUGCCUCCAACAGGGAACCGGGCAUAAUUAUUUUUGCAUAUCAGCAAAAACAAUUAGGCAAUGCCUUGUGAAAGGUAUCAUGAUCAAAAUACGUAUAAAGUGAUGUGAAUUGGAAAGCGGACUUUGCUUUAAUAUUAAACGCGUUUUGUAUGUAAAAAGUUACAGAGUCAUUUAAUACAAAUAUCCUAAGAUUUUCUUCUGGUCUACAUGUAAAUAUAAUUGAGCCGGGCAUGGUGGUGCACAGCUGUCAUCAAACACUUGGGAGGCAAUGGUGGAUCACUCUUGAACCCGCUGGGCUACGAUGAAAUUAGGUGAUGGCAGUACUGCAAGUGGAUUUAAUCAAUCUGUGUGGAGGUUUCUGUUUUAUCCCCUCAUAGGUGGGGUUUUCUUUCAGCACUGGUUUCCCUUCCACAUGUCUAACACGCAAUAUUGGAAUUUGGCAAACAUCCCAAUGCAAGGGCCUCCUGAAAAUAGGCUUUCCUGGAUAAAUAAUGGACUUUAUGAAUUUUUUUAUACCAUAAAUAAAAUUAUUAAUUGCAAUUCUG